GUCACGAAGUUCAUCACUGACCUGAAGAGAUGCUUCUGCGCCAAAGAUGACUGAUUAAUGUACACAGAGACAUCAAGGUUUACUUUAAGAGUAGCUACCGAAGAGCAGGUAUUAGAAGUCAUUUUCUUAGAGCCCCGUGAAUAAUCGUCGGCACCCAGACCAACAUGUGUUUCACCGAUUGUUACAUCGAGCAAGAGAAGAUGGAUCUUUUCAACCUAAUCGGAAAGGCCGUGCUGGAGCUCCACGGAAUGUACGUGUAGGUGCUGAAGAGCAAGUGUUAGAAAACAUGGAAGCGGAUCCUAGGAGAAGUGUCCUCUACAUAGCGCAAAUGAGUGGAUGCCCAAGAUCGACCACUCAUCGUAUCCUUCAAGAGAGAAGACUGUAUCCUUACCAUUACACGAGAGUGCAGCAUCUGCGACCAACCGACUACCCGCGACGAGUACAUUUUGCUCAAUGGUUACUGCGACAAAAUGAACUAAAUCCUGAUUUUUCACGGCGCAUUCUUUUCAACGACGAAUGCUCAUUUUCCCGAGAAGGAAUGUUUAAUGCACACAAUUGGCAAUUCUGGGCACACGAAAAUCCACAUCUCACUAGGGUGACAGCAUAUCAGGAGCGAUUUACUAUUAAUCUAUGGGCUGGAAUCAUUGGUACUACUGUGGUGGGGCCGUUUGUGUUACCUGAUCGCCUUAAUGGGGAGGCAUAUGCUAAUUUUCUACGACUAGAGCUUCCGGCGUUGUUGGAAGACGUUCCUUUGAAUGUACGGCGGAAUAUGUGGUUUCAGCACGACGACGCUCCUCCACAUAAUUCGAUACUUGUACGGCGAACAUUGAAAAGAGUAUCCUCAUAGGUGGAUUGGGCGUAGCAGUACUAACAUCUGGCCUCCUAGAUCUCCAGACCUUUCUCCUUUGGACUUUUUUUUUGGAAUCAAAUUAAAAAUUACGUAUAUACUCGUAGAAAACCCCUAGAUACGUUAGAAGAACUGGAAGAGAGACUGCACGAAACCUACGCUACAGUUACUCCUGAGAUGUUAAAUAAUACACAACACAACAUAAUUCGACGAGCUAGAACUUGCAUUGAAGUUAAUGGUGGUCAUUUUGAGCACAUUGUUUAAUACUCGUAACGUUACAGUACAACGAUUCCAGCCCAUAGAUUAAUAGUAUUGCUCUUGAUAUGCUCUCAAGUUAGCGAAAUGUGGAUUUUCGUUUGCCCAGAAGUGCUAAUUGUGCGCAUUAAAUAUUCUUUUUCGGGAAAAUCAACAUUCGUCGGCGAAAAGAAUAUGCCGUGAAAAAUCAGGAUUUAUUAGUUCAUUUUGUCGCAGUAACCAUUUAGCAACAUGCACCCGUCGCGCAGUCGGCUCGUCGCAGAUGCUGCACUUUCGUCAAUAGUAAAUAAAUUAACAUCAUUUCCAAAUAUUCUUUAUACUAGUAUGAAUAAGACAUCAAUAACUUAGUGGUAUUGGUACUGAUUUGUUUAUAGUUUGUAUUGUUCUUAAAAAAAAUGCAACUAAACGAUUUUUGUUAUAAUUUUUAUUCGUAUCUUUUCAAUCUCUAGAAAGUACUCACAACUUUAAAGAAACUGUUUUAAAUCAUCAUGUGCAGCAUCAAUAUUAUUCUUGAAUAAGUCUCAGUUUUCAGUAUCUCCCCCGCAUGAUUGACACCACAGCAGAUACCUAUGAUCUUAACACACCAGAGAAGUGGAGUCUCGUCUCUUUUUUCGUUGCUUAGAUUAGGUAUCAGCAACUAAGCUGUUCAGUAAAAAUUGAUACUGUUUAUUGAAAAUCAUAAGCACCGAUUAAUCAAAGGCGAUAUUUAUGUUUUAGUACACUUAAUAACGUUCUUUGAAUGGACAUGUGGUACUCUUUUUUAGAAAUAACGAUAAACUUAAUA